GGCGGCGGCGGCGGCGGCGGCCGAGGCUGAGAGGGAAGAUGGCGGACGGCGUGGACCACAUAGACAUUUACGCGGACGUGGGCGAAGAGUUCAACCAGGAAGCAGAAUAUGGUGGGCAUGAUCAGAUAGAUUUAUAUGAUGAUGUCAUCUCUCCAUCUGCAAAUAAUGGCGAUGCCCCAGAAGACCGGGACUACAUGGAUACUCUCCCACCAACUGUCGGCGACGAUGUGGGUAAAGGGGCAGCACCCAAUGUUGUCUAUACUUACACUGGAAAGAGAAUUGCAUUGUAUAUUGGAAAUCUCACUUGGUGGACAACAGACGAGGACUUAACUGAAGCAGUUCAUUCUUUGGGAGUAAAUGAUAUUUUGGAGAUAAAAUUUUUUGAAAAUCGGGCAAAUGGACAAUCAAAGGGAUUUGCCCUUGUUGGUGUUGGAUCUGAAGCAUCUUCCAAAAAGUUAAUGGAUCUUUUGCCUAAAAGAGAACUUCAUGGUCAGAAUCCUGUUGUAACUCCGUGUAACAAACAGUUCCUGAGUCAGUUUGAAAUGCAGUCCAGGAAAACUACACAAUCAGGACAAAUGUCUGGGGAAGGUAAAGCUGGUCCUCCAGGAGGCAGUUCACGUGCAGCAUUUCCACAAGGUGGUAGAGGACGGGGCCGUUUUCCAGGGGCUGUUCCUGGUGGGGACAGAUUUCCUGGGCCAGCAGGACCAGGAGGGCCACCUCCACCUUUCCCAGGAAAUUUGAUCAAGCAUCUUGUUAAAGGAACUCGGCCUUUGUUCCUGGAAACUAGGAUUCCAUGGCAUAUUGGGCACAGCAUAGAGGAAAUACCCAUUUUUGGCCUAAAAGCUGGACAGACUCCACCACGUCCACCUUUAGGGCCUCCAGGCCCACCUGGUCCACCAGGUCCUCCACCUCCUGGUCAGGUUCUGCCACCUCCUCUAGCAGGACCUCCUAAUCGAGGAGACCGCCCUCCACCACCAGUUCUUUUUCCUGGACAACCCUUUGGGCAACCUCCGUUGGGUCCUCUUCCUCCUGGGCCUCCACCUCCAGUUCCAGGCUACGGCCCUCCUCCAGGUCCACCGCCUCCACAGCAGGGGCCACCUCCACCGCCAGGCCCCUUUCCACCUCGACCACCAGGUCCACUAGGGCCUCCCCUUACACUUGCUCCUCCUCCACAUCUUCCGGGACCACCUCCAGGUGCCCCACCACCAGCUCCACAUGUGAAUCCUGCUUUUUUCCCUCCACCAACUAAUAGUGGCAUGCCAACAUCAGAUAGUCGAGGUCCACCACCAACAGACCCAUAUGGCCGACCUCCACCAUAUGAUAGGGGUGACUAUGGUCCCCCUGGGAGGGAAAUGGAUACUGCAAGAACUCCACUGAGUGAAGCGGAGUUUGAAGAAAUCAUGAAUAGAAAUCGGGCAAUCUCAAGCAGUGCUAUUUCAAGAGCUGUGUCUGAUGCCAGUGCUGGUGAUUAUGGGAGUGCUAUUGAAACUUUGGUAACAGCAAUUUCUUUAAUUAAACAAUCCAAAGUGUCUGCAGAUGAUCGCUGCAAAGUUCUUAUUAGCUCUUUGCAAGAUUGCCUUCAUGGAAUUGAGUCCAAGUCCUAUGGCUCUGGGUCGAGAAGACGUGAACGAUCAAGAGAAAGGGACCAUAGUAGAUCACGGGAAAAGAGUCGGCGUCAUAAAUCUCGGAGUAGAGAUCGCCAUGAUGAUUAUUACAGAGAGAGAAGCAGAGAACGAGAGAGACAUCGGGAUCGCGAUCGGGACCGGGAUCGUGAACGUGACCGAGAGCGAGAAUACCGUCACCGUUAGAAGCUGAAGGAAGAGGAACACCUUCCAAGACAAAACAGUCUUCAUGGGGGAAAAGUGACGCUUGUCCAGCAGUUUGCUUCUUGUGAUUGAACUGAGCCUGUAAGGAAGGAUUCAUGGAUAAACUGAGCAGGAAUAGAUCUGAAUAAAGCAAAUCUGCAUAAAUGGUAACCAGUAGCUCUACUUUAUUUUUUAUGUUGCUUAACUGUUUUAUUUGAAGGAAACCUGUGUGAUUUUAAAAAGUUAAUAGCUUUUGCAACUUUAUUACUGGUUAUAUAUAUUUGGCCAUUAUAAUGUGCAAGCAAUUGGAAAAAAAGUCAAGUAAAUGCUUGUUUUUAUAGUAGUUUGUUCUUGUUAAAAUGUUCAUAUGAUAAUGUCUGUAAACAGCACCACUUUGAUUACAAUAGAUGUAGUGUUGUAAUAAACUGUUUAACGGGGCUGAUGUGUAAAGCUGUUCAAGUUAUUUGAUGUUUACACCUCAGGGAAAGUCUUGUGUUCAGCAAUAUCUAAAGAUAAUGUUACUAUGACAACAUUUUUACUGUCCUUUAAAAAAGCAUUGCAAUAGCGUGUUUGGAUAUGCAUCAAUCUAAUCUUGCGUUCAGUGAAUUAAACAUAACUAAUUAAGUGUCUCUUGCCCUUGAUUUUGAUAUUAGAAUAGGUGAUUACAUGGGUAUUUACUAUUUCUAUAUUCUGCUUUUCUAGCUGUUUUUACCUAGUUAGCUUGUGAUUUUGCUGAAUGGUAUGUAACCGUGUAAAAACUGAAAUUUGACAGAUACAGCAAUCUAGUCAAUGUGUUAGGGGUAAAAAAAAAUUUGAGGUUGUAACAUUUUUGGUAAAAAUUCAUGUAUUUGCUACAGUAGUGCAGCUUAAUUACAACCCAGAUAUACUGAAAAAUUAAUUGAGAACUGCUAGCAUUUAAGAGAGACUUUGAUAAUUCUGAUUUGAUGCAGUAAUUUACUGUAUCAUGCUGAUGGUGCCAUGGGCAGUGUGAAUACGGCCAUACAGCAGAUAAAUGAGUAAAGAAACCCUGUUUGAUAAAGAUUUCUGAAGGGUGUGACGUUUACUAACAUUGGGCUGAUUCUUGAGUGUGUGUUAUAAGGGAUUACAGUUACAUCCUGUCUUCAUGGUUCAAGGAAUUCUAUGUAUAUUCCUGUAACCUUGUUGAUUUACGCUUGUUGAGAGUUAGUUAAUGAGCUGAACUUCUUAAAGCCAACUAUAAUAAAAGGCUGUAUUAAAAGCACCUGGCUAGCAUGUGUUCUGCAAAGUUACCAGACAAAUGGUCAACUCGAUGACCUAUUUUUAUAGAAAGGUAAAAAUUAGAAUUACUAAAUAAAUUUGAAAUAAAAAUCCUUAAGCUAAUUUGUUUUAAAUAUAUUUUAAAGAUCUUCUUACCUAUGAGAGAUCUUUGGAUAUUAUGCAUUGACUUUGAAGUUUGUCUCAAUCUAAGGGCAAUGCCUAAGGUAUGUACCAUGGCUAGAGAGAAUGUGCAGCGUGAGAGAUUUGUACUUCUCUUCAGUUUCAUCGUUUCUGCUUUUAAAGUACUCAAAAAUUAGUUUUAAAACAUCCAUACCACUGCCAGUUCAUUUUAAAACGUUUUGUGAGCAGAGUGUUUGGGCAAGGGAUCAUUGGUGUUUACUAGAAGAACUGUUGUUAGCUCUCAGAAAUGAUUUUUCUUAAGUGUUUAAUCUUGUUGAAAUGUAGUUGCCUUUUUAAUUUGAGAGUUGUAUCAAAAUCUAUUGUUUUGUGUAUAGGUAUUGUAAGUUUUUGUCAUUUCUUAGCUUUUUUUUUUUUUUAAAGUUUAAUUGCAAUACCCUAAUGUGAAGACGUUUGGACAUAGUUUACAAGGGAAAUUAAUUAAUAGUAAGAUUAAAAGGUAAGUAAAAUGUCCACGAGGGUAAAAUUUCUCUGAAAACUUUAAAAAUGGAAUCACAAAUACAUAUACUUGAAAUGAAACUGGAGAUUUUGUACUAUUUUAAUCUUUCAUUGCUUUUCAUUUCUUUCUUUUUUGUUUUUAAAUCAGUUGAACCUUUUGCUUCCUUUC